GGCUUCUCCAUGACACCCUGUAUCCCAUGCCCUGCAGAUGUGGGUGAGUGCUGCUGGGGAGGACAGCGAGACCUCGCCGCCCAGCCCGGCCCCCGAGGAAGUGCCCGCCGCCCGGCCCCCCUUGCCGGGACAAUGCCGAUCCUGAAGCAGCUCGUCUCCAACUCGGCCCACUCCAAGCGGCGCUCGCGGGCGGAUCUGACGGCUGAGAUGAUCAGCGCCCCGCUGGGCGACUUCCGCCACACCAUGCACGUGGGCAGAGCGGGGGACGCCUUCGGGGACACCUCCUUCCUCAACAGCAAGGCUGGCGAGCCAGAGUCCCCUGAGGAGCUGGGCUCCUCCAAGCCCGGCCUGCUGUCCCGCAAGUUCCGCAGCAGCAAGAGGUCGCAGUCGGUGACGCGCGGCGACCGGCGGGACAUGCUGGGCUCCCUGAGGGACUCGGCCAUCUUCGUGAAGAACGCCGUCUCCCUGCCUCAGCUCACCGAGAAGGAGGCAGACAAAAGCGCCGGGAAGCUGCCCAAGAGCCUUUCCUCGAGCCCUGUCAAGAAGGCACCAGAGGAGGUGGCCGCCACCCCGGAGGAAAAGCCGCGCCCCAACGGCGCAGCCGCCCGCCCCCAGAGUCCCGGCCUGGACGAGCGUGACUUUGGGGACCUGACGGAUCUGCCCGUCGUGGUGCCGAAGAGCAGCUAUGGCAUGAAACAUGCCGAGUCCAUCAUGUCCUUCCACAUCGACCUGGGUCCCUCCAUGCUGGGGGACGUCCUGAGCAUCAUGGACAAAGAUCAGUGGGACCAGGAUGAAGACUUCGGCUCCGUGGUACCUGAGGAGCUCCGAAGGGAUGGAGGCCCUACCCGGGUACCUGCAGCCCACCGGCUCAGCCAGGAAGGGAAGCCCCUGCCGGAUGCCCUGCUGACGGCGCCAGCCUGCCAGGACCAGAGCAGGAGCCAGGUCAGCAGGGACAGCAGUUCGGUUUCUAGCUGCACGGCACAGGGGCUGGAGGAGCACCGCCCAUCACCCGAAAGACAGAGCUACGGGAUCCCAGAUGGCGCCCGGCCCGGCCCCCCCAAGCGGCACGACAGAGAGUUCUCCUUCGCGGAUGAGGAGGACGACGAGAUCAGAGUGUAG